AUGAGCUCUGGACCGGCAUCGCAGGAUUCUUCGCUCUCUGCAGCGACGUUUCUCGCCUCGAUCUCCGCCGAUUCCACCGUCGCAUUCGAGCCCGGCACGUCCUCUUCGGCACCCGGCUCGGCACCUGCGCUACCCAUCUCGGCCAAGGUUUCUCUCAUCGAUGCUCAGAUCGACGCGUUGGAAGGCCAAGCGGAGAAGGAAGUGAUUGCUCAUGCUGAAGAGCUGCGUGCAAGAGCUACCUCGACGCGCGCUGUCGAUCACGACCUUAACCGACUGUGGCUCUCCAUCAACCAGACAAGCUCUCGCCUGGUGACCGUGGGUCCCCAAGUGGCCCCGAAAGCGAUCGAGUAUCACGAUGCCCUCGCACAGAGCUCCAAACAGGCGCUUCUGCUCUCGGUCCUGUCAGACUUGCUCGCCGCCACAAGAUUGCUCGAACGCCUCGAAAAGCUACAAACCCAGUCCGAUCCGACGGCCUUGCGAAGCGAGCUCCCCAAGGUCGCACAGGUGAUGGAGCCAUUCCGUUCUCGGCCAGCUCUCAAAAGUAUGCCAGCGAUCGUCGAGCUCGAGAAGCGGUUCGAGCGUCUGCACACGCCCAGCGCAGAAACAACCGCAGCGCCUACCCGAGCCUCCCACGCCACACCACAGUCGCCUCAGUCACCUCCUACAGACCUGGCAGUCGCAACGGGAAGUCCUUUGAACGCGAAGGAUGUGCCAAAGUCCGAGCAGGUUCUUUCUCCCGCAUUGAAAGUCCUCGAGGCAGCUCGAGCAUUGAUCGUUGCGGCUGGACCUGACGCUGGCUGGAAGGAAGUGCAAAUCGACUUGGACGCACCCGCACUUCCCCCUGGUGCUCAGGCCACGACACAGCUCCCUGCGCAGCCUACCGUGCAGCCUGCUGCCGGAUCUCAACGAUCGUCCUCCGAGGUUCACCGUGGUCUCCAAUAUCGCGAAGAUCUCACGCAAGAAGCCACGCCUUUGACGCGCAAUUCCUCCUCGUCAUCAUCGGCAGCAGCGGCAGGGGCCCGCAGCAGGCACAAGCCAAAGCUCGGCGCACGUCUUAUCCGCCCACAAGACCAACUCGGAAGCGGUCCUUUCAAUGCCGAGGACGCAGCGCUGGAAGAGGAUGGAUGGGGCUUGGACGACGAUGACAACGAAGAGCUCGAGUCGGCCCCCGCACUCGACGAAAGUGUUCAUUCUGCGGAACAGCCUGCGUCGAAUCAGUCGGUCAGCCAAUACGUUCAUCAGAGUGUGGCAGCCCUGGCUCGCGACGAUCACCAUUCUUCACCCAGCAGCUCGGUCGGGAUGCAAGCAAGCAUGAGCUCGAGCUCGUCGCAGCGAAGUGCAUUCGCAAUCCAAGAGCCCGAAACGCGAGCAGCUGUUCCAGGUGCGGAUGUUGAUGCCUGGGGGCUCGGCGAAGACGAAGGUGCCGAUGGCCAUGACCAUCACGAUGAAGCUCAAGCUUGGGAUCUUGAUGACGAUGAUGAUGAUGUCGACGCAGAUGUGAAGCAUUCCGAGGCUGCGGCGGCGGCGAUUUCUGAUCCUCCGAAAGUCCCAGCAACCCUUGUCGAUUCUUCACCUCAGGAUGCCGUCGCCCAAGGUGUGGCAACUACUCACCAGACGAAUGCGCAGACACCUUCCGACACGAUCCUUGUCGCGCCGCUGACGGAUCGGAAGGGCCACAGCGACCUGGCGCCUCCUGACACGCCAGCAACCGAUGCGUGGGGUCUUGAAGAUGACACUGAUGUCGAGGAUGGCGAAACAGCAGCGGCCCCGUCAGCAGUGCUCACCGAAGUCUCCUUCAAGGAUGCCGAGGUCGAGAGCGUGGCGGUGGCAGACCCUGCGAAAAGCUCUGCGUCUCCUCACAGGGACAACGCGGUUGUCGAGUCCUCGUACGAAAGUCUUUCACACCAGGAAGCUGCACCUCGUGAGCCGUCGAAGGCAGACGCUCCGUCCGUCACAACAGCUCCUGAUGCAUGGGGGCUCGAGGAUGAUGACGACGCCGAGAACGACGAUCCCUGGGAAGCAGAAGAGCAACCGCAGCUGGUCGGCAAUGAUCGUAGAAAAUCCCCCCUGCAAGCUCCAGUCCAAGUCACCAGUCGACCAUCUGACAGCCUCGCACUGCCAAACGCGCAGACAUCUGCGCCUUCCGCGGCCUCGGAGCCUGCAGAGCCGCAGAACCCCCCUGCGCAGGCGUCUGCGAAAGCGGCCGAACCUGCAGCGCAGGAGCCGGAGCCAGAUGCAUGGGGAUUCGAGGAGGGAUCCAGUGCUUCCGAGGCGGACCAAGUCGAACGGAUCACUGCCAUUUCUCCAGUGAAGGAAACCACGUCAGAGCGCAACGCUGAUGCCAAACCUCCAAGCGAGAUCAAGCAAACGACUCCUCACGUCAAUGACGGGGAUGUAGGAAGAGUCUCUCCUGUCGAGGAGAGCUUCGCUGCCCCCUCGGAAACGCCUGAAGAGGCCGCGAGAUCUCCAUCACCAUCGCCAUGGGGCGCAGACUUUUCGGACGCCGAGUCCACGGGCUUGCCUGAGCCGCAAGCUUCGGAAACACCGGGCACAGCAACUGUUCUCCGUUCGACAGGCCCCGGCGUCGACCGGACGGACUCGGGUCGUCGAGAGCUCGACGUGCAGUCCGUGACUGAGUCAACGACAGUGGUGUUUGGCCAGCAGGCUGCUCAAAAGGAACCGAUCAAGAAGGAAGCGUGCGUCAUUAGCAAGAGAUCGCAAGAUCUGGUCAAUUUGGCCGAGUCUACCAUGGACACGGUCAUCGGUUUGCUGCGAGGCAGCGACUCAAAUGGCGGCAACGUCGACGAUGCCGAGGCGCUGGCCGGAACCAUCUACAAGAUCUUUGAGUUGCAUCGGGCGCUGAUGCCCGUUGCGCACGGCGAGGUGCUUCGGGAUGUACCUGCACUGGCCAUGCAGUUCUUCAACGAUUCCGAGUAUCUGGCGCGGGAGCUCGCUCGACUCGUGGAAGAGAAGGGCCAAGCGAUCUCGGCGGCAUGGGCCCAACGGGAUGCCGAAGGCGCCAAGCGGUGGAGCACCAAGGAGCUGGUCAAGCUGGAGCAGGAAGCGGCUCUGACGCGCGCACUUGGGCAGCGAUGGUUCGAGGCGCAGAUGACGACGCAGACCAAGAUCCUGCUCGACACAAUCGUGGAGGCGGAUGGAUUUGCACGCACAUUUGACGAGCACCGGUUCGCGCGUUGCGAGCGGUGCAUCAAGCAGGUGGUGCAGACGCUGCAGCAGCUUGCCAAGGCUUGGCGUGCUGUCCUGGUGGCGUCGCGGUACCACGCCGCUAUGGGACGAUUGGUGGAUCUGGUGUUUCAAAAGGUGCUGCAUGACGUGCUCGACUUGGAGGACAUUGGCGAGAGCGAAUCGGAGAAGAUCGCAUCGCUGGUCAAGACGCUCGGCAGCCUCGAGAGCGUGUUCGCGGCCGAGGGCGAGCAACAGAGCAGUGCGCCCUUGUGGGUGCCGAGCUGGUUCAAGACGUCGUAUCUCAUCGAGAUCCUCACGGGCUCGCUGGUCGACAUCGAGUUCCUCGCCUUUGAGGCGGGCGCGCUCGUAGACUACAGCCGGAAGGAGCUCGCGGGACUGGUCAAGGCGCUGUUUGCAGACACACCGAAACGCAGCAGGCUGCUGCAAAAGAUCGAGACGGCUUCGGCCGACGUCCUCGCGCAUUGA